AUGCCCCCCGACAUGUCUGGGCUGCAGGCGAUCUUGCUGCUCCUCCUCUCCAUCAGCUGUCCUGCGCAUGCUGCUGUCGUCUCGCAGUCUGGGAUUAAGUACACAGUCGCUGAGACGGCUCAGCUUCAGAUGGAAGGAGGCGCCUCGGAUCUCAAAGCGACAGACCUCAAGAUCUACUGGGGGUCGCUGGGAGCUUGGAGCGAAGGGAGUGACAUUCUUGCAUCGGAUACCGUCAUCGAAGUUUAUCUCCCGCGCUUUUCAGGAGGAUCGAACAUCUUCGGCGCAUACAGAUCUGGCAGCGCAGAGACAAGCGUCAUGUGGAUGAAGCAAGGUCAAGUCGUCACCAUAUCUGAGAGCGUGUCCAAGCCAUGGGCAGCAGGUCUCCCUGUGUCAAGCCAGUCUUCGCUCGAGGCUGGUCCGGGGGUGGGAGGAUGCUUUGGCAUCACCCAGGACCUUUCGUCGAAUGCUUUCGAUCUCAAGCAGCUCCAAGCAAACUCCUUCUCCAUGUGUCAUUGGGACUCACAGAAAGAGACGCUCCGUCUCCUCAUGUCCUCAUCCCAGCCCAUCACAGGCGUGUACAUCAGCAAGGUCUCCUUGUAUCAGAACUAUGACGUUCACGGCAAGCAGAACGGGCUGGGCCCUCUCCCGCCCAUCGGAGGGAUAGACGAGCACUGGUAUCAGCUAGCGAAUGUGGCCGUGUAUCAGGCAUCUGGAUCUUCACGAGGCUGUGCGGUGAGGGCGAUCAGUGACUUUCCGUCGACGCCUUGCACGAGCGAUCUCUUGGUGUAUCAAGUUCCCUUCGACCAGUAUCGCUCAGUGAGGUUCGGUACGGACCUCCCUCCCAUCCCUACAAGAAAAGGCGCAGGAGCCGUCGGCACCGUAGCUCCUCCAGCCUUCGUCUAUGCGGCAGCGUCAGGCAACAACGAUGGGCCCAAUCAAGCUGUCUGCAUCACCGUCACUCUGAUCAGCUCGGCCACCCUCUACUCGGCUGGCGUCAAUCCCACCACCAUCACUCUCACCGGACUGACGGGAGCCUCUACCACCAGUCAGCCCGUGCGGCUCUUUCAGAACAAGUGUCAAUGCCAAGGCUCAAGCCCGGUGCAGGACUUGAUGCCUGCGAGGUUUCGAACGUCCACCACCGCCAACACCGUCGGCUCAGCAGACUUCAAGGCUGACGGGACCCUGACCUUUCAGCUCAUACCCGGGCAUUACAUCCAAGCUGGAGAGGUGCUGACCUUCUCCUUCAGUCUUGUGACGGGUGCCAACCCUCAGUCGUCUCGAGACCUCAAAGUGUCAAUGUCCGGCCAGGCGUGUCUGACCAAUGACUUCUGUACGUUACCCAAGUCAGUAGCGAUCACGGUUGCGCCGACCUCGUUUGACUCGUCGUCGAGGAUCUUGGAGGUGGUGGGCAAGAAGCUGAGGGUGUCGAUGUUUCAAAGCUCAAGCGACCCUGGCUCACUGACCAACCUCUUUGUGACGCUCCGGCCCAACUUCAACGUCGAGGUAGGGUCGGUCAUCAGCAUUCAGGGCCUCUGUGGCUCGCAGAGCAACUCAGCCUAUGUCCCUCUAGUCAGCAACAGGCUCAACGGCGGGACGCCGCUGACCGACACAUGUACUGGAAACCCGACCGAGGUCGACCUUGCCGACUACUGGCCAGGCUCAAGGCUGGACUGGAGUGGCGGGGGACCUCUCAAGAUCACUGUGGCGAGCAGCUUGAGUCUCGUUGCUCGCGGUACUUACGCUCUGUCAUGGACUUGGCGGAACCUGGACUUGGCUCACCCGGCGUGCUCGAUGACUGUCAGUAUGCAGAAAGGAGGAGACGUGGUGAGCGCGGAGGCUGUAGAGAACAUCGGCAACACAGUCGGCACGGUGCUGAGUCCUGGGUUUAUCAAGUACAAGAUCGGACAAUCGACUACCCGUCCUGACGUUGCCAACUACAUCUGCGUGACGCUGAGAAGCAACUUUCGUGUCUCCACACUCUCCAACACCCAAGGUCAGAACAACCUGGCCCAGAUUACUAUCUCAGGCCUACAGGGAUCUCAAACGACAACAGCGCUGUUCGUCAAGGCUUGUCCGUCAUACGACUGGAGCCUGAUGCAGCUACAGCCCGAGUCUGAUCCGCCAACAGCUCACUUCAUCGACCAGAUUACGGGAGGUACACUCCAUCAUACGACAAGCUGGUCGUCUGGAUCAGCCGUCCUGACCGUCAACCAGGACGACGUUGCAAGUCAGAUGUACUACUCGAUCCCUCAGCAGCAGGACAUUGUGUUUGCUCUCAGGCUCAAGAACCCCAAGGUCUCCAACCCUUGUCAAUCAGUGACCAUGAGCUUCUCUGGUGUUGGCCCUGGCAACCGCUUGGUCACGCAGACGGUCAACAUGGUGCAGAACCGUGUCGAUAGAGCCCUCGAGGACGGUGAGACAGACGGAGACGUGUGCGUGCUCAAGACGUACGAUUACAGCUUCCUGACUCGAGUCAUCGCCCAGUCAACCUCGGUCGUACAGGAGAAGAACGUCAUUACCGUCACCUUGAGGUCUAACAUGGACCUGUUGAGCUCCGUCUACAGUCCUCAGAUCACCAUCUCUGGUCUCACAGGAGCAGACACAGCCGUGACGUCCUUGUCUGCUGCUGCCAUCACAGACCAGUACUUCCCCAACAUCCAGAAGUCGAGCUGGGAUAAAGCACGAGGAGUGCUUGUAGUCACUCUUGCUCCAGGAGCUUGCCAGCUGCCUGUCAAGGGUCGACCGUCUAAUUGCAUGCAUGCUGGCUGGACGUAUGCAUGGAGUUACACCUUGACGAAUGGCGUGACGGAGCAGGCCAGCCCUUCUGUCUCCGUGUCAUGUCAGUUUGCUGAGAACAAGCUGUCGAGCCCACAGCUCAUGGCUUCGCCGAUGCGCAAAGACUUGCACGCUCUCUACUUGACGAGGCAGCUGCUCAACAAGUAUGACAUCGGGCAGUUGAGUCCGGCUCCUGGAGCUGUCAACCCUGUUUGCAUUACCUUGAGACCCAGCAAGUCUAUCAAUGCGCCGACGACCUUCACUCUGACGGGCUUGGACAUGUUCUCUUCCGGUACCAAAGUAGCCUUGUACGAUGAGUAUGGGGUAUCGCCUCUUACCAGCGGGCUGUUCCAGACAGUUGGGGCUAGCCCGCAAGACAACUACGCGACGUAUGACAAGUCAACGAUACAGUUUCAGCUGGGCCCGUCACAGUCGCUGCAGCAGAACUCCAAGUACAAGUUUUGUUUCCAGCUCACCAACGUCAAGACAGGACAAGCGACCUGCCCUCAGGUCUCGCUGACAGUAGAUUCACCGUCUGCACCUGCCGUGUACCGAGGAGCUCAGUCGUAUCUCUGCAACAAUGAUGUGACCAGGAAGGUAGCCGGCUACACGUCUGAGCCGUCAGGGUGUGCGGGCUACAUCUCAGAUCGCAAGUUCAUAUCGUCCAACAUCAGGUCGGGAUCGAAUGUGACAGGCAGCACAGUCUGGUUGACGAUGGAGCUACAGCCUAACUAUCCUCUCGCCUCGGGUCAGACUAUCACAGUCGGAUCGUUCAUCAGCAUGAAGAACGCUGGAUCAUCGGACAUACCAUGUACGAUAGCCAGGAACGGGCAGGUUGUCAAUGCCGCUACCAACAAGCAUCGCGCCAAGGGCAUAGCGCCUCCGGCUGUGUUCAACAGCGUAUGCAAGUACCUCGACAACACGAUACAGAUCUCGUACACCGGGGCGUCAACGCAGUACUCAUCUUCCGUCUACGACCCGUUCUACAACGUCAAUGCUCGCCGAUCCAAGGGCCUGUACAAGGUGGAGGUCACAGCGGGAGGGUCGGGGUAUCAGUCUGCUAGUGUGAUCAUAUGCGACGUUACUCCUGGAGCUGAGUUCUGGACGAAGCCGACAUGCACAGCUGCUGGGGUAGUGUUUGCUGCCGGCAGCUCUGCCUCAGCAGCCGCGACCGUGAUCUCCGGCACCGUCACGUCCAUCAGCCUGACAGCGCCUGGCUCAGGCUACACGAUACGUCCGCAAGUCUUGAUCGUCGACUCGUCGGGCUCCGGGAGCGGCGCGCAAGCAGAAGCGUUCAUCUACGAUCACUCCAUCUACACAGUCCAGCUGCAGCUGGUCAACCAGGGCACUGCCGCCAGCGCUCAAGCUCUGACGGUCACAUCCGGCUUAUCAUUUGUGUCUGCGACGCUAGACAGUGGUUACGAGGUCCGAGCAAAGUCCAGCAUGCAGCUCCAGGAGCAGCCCAGCAGAGAUGUCGUGUUCACGGUCACUCCCGAGCAUAACCUCUACGAAGGCGACAUGCUCCUCGUCAACCUGCCUGCCUACGACGUUGUCACGGGUCCCAUCUUCGGCGUGACGUCGUCGCCCAACCCGGCCUUCACCACCUUCACCACGCAGCUGGAGUGGGAGCUCAACUACUACCAGGAAGAUCGCGCUCGAGCAUACAUCAGCAACGGCUGGGUGGCGGACGGGAACAGGCAUCGGUCAGGAGACGGAGACGUGGACGGCUUGUUUGUGCUGUCGCGGGAUGACGAUGGCUACAACAAGAACAAGGACUUGUGCUGGAGCCGCGUGUCCUGCCCGUGGGGCCUUCCGGACAGCGACAUCACCUUCGGGGGUCCAUCGAAGACGCUGGUGCUGACCAAGGUGACCAACGGAGCCUCGACGACUCUAGGGUACACGCAGGACAUCUGCUACAGGAACACCAGCGUCAACCUCCUUCAACCGUCGGACUAUGUCGGCAUGCAGCUCAAGUGCCGCAACAAUCAGCACACGGUGACAGCCGGCGGUCAGGUCACAAGCGUGCGAGUGCGGCACGGGGGCCUUGUGGUCAUCAGCGGGAGAUACUCGGAGAGCUCGGGAGUAUCAGGAGCCGCGCCGACGUUUGUGGCAUCUGGCGCGACCGAUCAGGCAACGGGGACGCUGCUGUACCAGGUGGUGGGAGUCCAGUACGUGUCAGGCAGCUCGUUGGCAACUGGUGACACGAUCGUCUUCGAUUCUACCUACCAAGUCCUGCCGGCGAAUGCUACCAUCUCUUCUCUCUACAGCACCAGCCCAGCUGUGCAUGUUACUGCCCCCGGGCUGUACUCCGGAUAUCCUUAUGCGACCGUGACCGGGAAGAACACCCAGCUACGAGUGCUUGUCUCUGUGGCGAGUGCCAGCCUGACGUCUCAAGGCAGCGGAUACACGUCCAUCCCCACCAUCACCACCUCGCUCAAGCCAAGUGUCGGCCUGCCCUCGACAGUCCAGCAGCUUGAGCUGCCAGUGUUUGACGUCUCCUUGACCAACGUGACGAGCACCGUUGUCACCCAGUCUAUCCUCGACUACAACCCAGCUAGACAAUGCUUCGUAGUGGCGGAAGAGUUUCCGACUUCCUUCUUGAGCGACUGUCAGGUCGUGCCCAAGGAGCAGGUCGGUCGGUACACCGGCAUGACAGCGAUGAUCGGGUCCAGCGAGUACGUCAUCAAGCAGGGAGCAGGCGGCGUCUACUGGGUGGCAGACCUCAAGGGCAACAAGCCUAGAAGCAUCGACCUGGCCAACAAGCCCUACACCAUCUACACGCAGCUGCAGCUGCAGGUGGCGAAGGGCAAGUGGAUCCGACAGGGCGAGAGCGUCAGCAUCAGCAUCCCCGGCUACCGGUUCAAGUCGGUCCCCAGCGACCCCAACGCGUUCGUCACUCCCUCUACGGACGACGCCUCCAAGACCAUCCGAGAGAGGACGAGGUUUCAGUUCGCGACGCCCGUCAGCUUUCGCAACGUCGGGCUAGCGGGCUCUGCUGCUUCGCGGAUGCUUGUGCUCGGCGGUGCCAUGUCGUCAGGCGACACCUGCACCAUCCAGGGAAGCGACAUCGAGAGACCCCAGGCGCCCGACGGGGUGACGGUCAACCAUGCUGAGACCAUGACAAGCGUCGGAGGGAGCGGGCCUGUGUUUGCUCCUCCUUCUACUUGGGGCUCGGGCUAUCUGCGACCCGGGAGGUUCUACGGCACCUGCACCUCUGGCAGGCGCCUGUCGGGCGUGUUCAUGCUCGAGGGGCAGAGGUCAGGCAUCGAGCUGAUCGAGAUCGUGACUCCAGGAACAAGCUGCAGCGCCAACGUCCAGGUCACCAUCUCCAGUCCCGACAAGGACGGGGUGGCUGAUGGGCUGACCAACACCCCGGUCUGUCCGUCCGACAGCUCUCUAUGCUCUCAGGCUACGGCAGUCGCGACUGUCAGCGGAGGGUCCAUCACCAGCAUCGCCCUCACCAGCGCGGGCAGAGGGUACUUCUUCCCGCCUACCGUGACGCUUACGAACCCCAGCUCCAACACGCCUUGUGACGCCUUUGCGAUAGCGCACUUGUCUCACAACUUCACCUCUCGUCUGCGGGUGACAGCAGACUCCAACCUGAUGAUGUACCACCCCCAGCGAGAUCACUUCGACUCCCUCACUGGCCUGCACUCGACCGUCUUCCCCGCGGUCGCUCUGUACAAGCGAUAUGAUGCGAGGAAGUCCAACGCUGAGGUCGGAACAGGAUACGUGGCUGCCAUAGUCGUGACGUCUCUACCGCCGUCGUCUUGCACAGGACCCAUCACCAUCGAGCCUCCGCCCUCAGGCAGGACCGCGAGGGCUCAAACAGCAGCCAACGGCGGCGUCACCUCGAUCGAGGUCAUCGACGGAGGGUCCGGGUACGAGUAUCCGCCAGCUGUGACCCUGCCGUGCACAGACGGCAGCGCCCGGGCGAUCCUAGGCUUCGUGACCUCAGACGUUCACAUGGCCGGCCCGAGAGCCUCUUCGUACACUGGCAUGCAGUCGGCGCUGCUGACGUCAUCGUCCAAGGCUCCCGCCUUCCGCUCUACCAUGGACUCGCCGGUGGUGGUCGGCUUCAACAAGGCUUGCAGCACUGCAGUCACGCAGACGAUGCUGAGGGCAGGCAGCUCGUGGAACAGCUCUCGAGUCACAGCUGUGACGGUCCCGCAGCAGGGGGUGUCGGGGUUUGCGUUCGGGUUCACAAGCGUGAAGAUAAGCCCGUCAGCUAUCAACGCCAACGGUCUGGUCGACGCUCAUGCCGACGCCGUGGCGGUCCCCACCUGGUCCUUUCCUGUCUCGGGGUCGAGGCUGGUCAACGGGGAGCUUGGCGUAGUGCACUACAACGGGCCUACGACCGUGACUAAUCUCUUCAGCUGCGACGGGUCGGUGCUGGUGUUCAGCUCUCCGCAGCGGCCAGGAGGGCAGGCGCUCAAGAUCAAAGUCUCCCAAGCUGCGGGCGCGAGCCUUCCGAGCUACGAGAUCGUACAGCAGGGUCAAGGGUACGCCAAUAUCCCCAUCGUUGUCGACAUGGAGUUUAGCGUCAGAGGGGCGGUCAAGAGCUACCGACAAGACUUUGCGGACCUGAGCAGCAGCCAGCAGACGCUCUGCAAGCCUUCCUUCUUCUCGCUCAACACGGCGUACCAGGGCACCAACGUCUACUCGGGCUUCGUCAUAGCCUCAGGCACUGUGGCACAGCAGACAGGCCUGACUCUCGACGGAGCUCUCAUCACCCACGAGGGAUACGGAUACCAGAGCUCGGGCUCCGGACCCAUCGCGACCUUCAGCUGCAGCGGAUGCUCCAGCAGCGCCUGUGCUGACAAGAGCGCCAACUCCAUCGCCAACCAGGUGUGCACUGCCUCAGAGCUUCAGGUGGAGGCGACGGUGAGCGGAGAGUGCUCGGGCUCGUGCGAGCAGUCGGUAGCGACCAGCGCCUUCUACUCGCCCAGCAACCGCGACGGGCUGCAAGUCUGCUCGCCGGCGGACGGAGCGGCAGGAGACUACAGGACGCGCAAGACGCUGCAGAUGCGCGUGUCGAGCGGGCCGUCGGCGUACUCCUCCAGCAACGUCUACACGGCAAGACGCAGCCAGGGCUUCCAAGGCCCGCGAGGCUCCUUGAUCUUCAAGAUCGCAGCCAACGAGGCGUUCGCGUCCGCCUCGCUCUGUCAGCCCCCGCGCGUCCUCGUGGAGCAUCAACGUCGUCGCUCUGCCCGGGUCGCUGCCGGCAUGCCCAGCUCCCACUCUUGGCGCUUACCCGAGAAGUGGGAUGAGCUCAACCAGGGGGCCGCAAACGUCCAGCCGACUUGCAGCAGCGGGUCGUUUGUUGUCAAGUCUCUCUGCCCGGGCUCCAAACUCUGCACAAGCGCCUACUCGCAAGCGGAGCUCAACCCGCUGCCUUCCUGCUCAGGCUCCUCGCAGUGCAGCGCAUGUGCUACGUUCCCUUGCCCCGCCCGCACCUGCGCGGCCGACAACUGUCCCUCCUACCUGUCGACAGUCCUUGAUGCCUCGCUGUCGAGUGUGGUCGCUGAUGAGGCGCUGGCAGCCAUCGGGUGGGAUGCUCGGACCCACCAGCCAGUCCUGCUCAACGCGGGCUUCGGCUUCUCUCCCAGCACGCCUAACCCGCUGAGGCUCGAGUUUCCUUCGGACGCAGGACAAGCGUAUCCGUGCGCGGAGAUUCUACUCUACUUCACCGACGGCCCCAGCUCAGACGCCCUUCAGCCGGGCCCUCUCUACUGGCCGGGCGACUUGUCCUUCGAUCAGAGCUCUGUCCGCAACCUGGCGGGCCAGGUGACCGGCGUGGACUAUCUGCUCAGACCCGGCUUCAUCAACGCAGUCUACGGCUCGUUCAGCAACUUCCCUGUCACGACUCUUGUGGCUCUCAGAGACCAGGCGGCUCGUCGGCUCCUGCAGACCUCCAGGUCGGCUGUGCUGGAGGUGCAGUCAGUGUCGGGCUUCAAGGUGGGCGACUACGUGCGGCUUGUGGAUGAAGUCCUUCUCGUGGACGCGAUCAGCGUCCAGCAGAGCACUCUCACGGUCACUCGAGGCGCGCUCAACACCAGCAUGGCCUUGACCUUCGCCGCAGGCACCGUUGUCAGGACCUUCAACCCGGGCUCCGUGCUGCUCAAGAGCGUCGCAAGGGACGCGACCAGCAUUGACGUGUCAAACGCCGCCAAGUUCACGUCGGGCAGAUACAUCCAGAUAGAGAAGGAGGUCAUGUACGUCACUGCCGUAGGAGCCUCGUCGCUGACUGUGCUUCGAGGACAAGAGGGGACGAUCGCAGCCAGUCAUGCCGCAUUCAAGGCGGUGGGGUACGUGCGACUGUCUCAGAAGUAUCCCAUCGUGCUGCAGGAAGCCGUGACGGCGGAUCAAACCUCGUUGACUGUAUCGGACGCGAGCCUGUUGUUUGCGGGGGCCUUCAUCCAGGUGCUGGGCGAGAUCAUGACAGUGACUUCGAUAUCCGGCGACAAACUUACCGUCCAGCGAGCCCAGGUAGGAACAUCGGCGUCAUCGCACCCGACGGGAGUGCUGGUGAAGCUGACCACUGGGGCGAGCCUGGGGCGGUCAAUCUACAGGUCAAACAUGGUUCUGCUGGCUACGAUCAGCUUUAGCGACACUGUACUACGUUUGAAGGACCCAGUGAAGGACACGCAGUCGUCAGGCUUUCAGCCAGGCGACUACCUGCUGGUAUAUAAUUAUUAUGAUUUGUUUGAUGAGGCGAUGUUGGUAUUGAGCGCUGAGACGGCUACUGUAUCGGGGUAUCUCUACCAGAACCUGACGGUCCAAAGAGCUCAGUUUGGAUCAAAUCCUGACAAAGCUGAUUUGUUGGAAGGGAUCUCAGUGAACUAUCUAUUCAGCCCACGAGUCCUGGAGCAGGAAAUCGAUAAGACGGCAACCAACGCGAACUUCUCAAACACUUACGGACUGCAAGCCGGAGAUCUGCUGUGGGCGUUUCCAGGGUGGGAUAAUGAUGUGUACUUCGAGGUGAUGGAGUAUCAGUCGGACGGCAGUGUGCGUCGAGAAAUGAUCCCUGACUUUCAGGGUUACCCACAGGCUACCAGCGUGUCAUCAGGAGCACUGGUGCAGACCAUUGCAAAGCCUGCUUAUCUUAACACUCGGUACAGAACAAAUUACAAAUCUUGUGCAAGCCCACCAUGUGAGGUGCCCUUAUCAAGGGUAUCAGACUUGGUAGUUGGAGACAUCGUGAGCAACGGCUAUACUCUUACUCUGGAAGUCAAAGCUAUCAACACUAAAGACAGCACAAUCACUGUGACGAAUGUUUUCGCACCAACCGAAGUUGUGAAACUGUCAAAUACAGAGAGUACAUUUUCGAAGGUUGAGGGUUUGAGGCUCCUCAACUCAACCUUUAAGGUGACAGAUUAUCAGGCUACCUACAGCAUCUCCUUGACCACUCAAGUGUCCGACUUCUACUCCCCGGGUGACUUCGUGUGGAUCUGCCAGGCUGAUGGCAAAAAUGGUUUGUUCCGAGUCGAAGCUGUCGCAGACUACUCCAUGGACGUUACUCCAUUCACCAAAACUCAGGGGCCUUCAUUCGAAAAAGACAAGGCAGUCCUGUACAAGUACGAGAGAUUCGACGUUCUUCACGGUGAUGCGCUAUACCCCGGCGACAGCGUCAUGUUCUCGGCGGAUGCUUAUGGGGGGACAGCGCAAGUCAUCUCGUCCUCUGAGAACGAAGUCCGCCUCAAGUUCACGGCAGGAGAAUACGAUAAAAAGGAAUUUUUUCGUAACGUACAUUGGGCCCAUCAGCUGCUCCCUGUCUCCAAAAAGAGCUUCGCCAGGUCCAAGCUCGCUCUAGACAUCAACUCGACCGUAUCCCGCAUCAUCCUCUUCGACGCCUCCGGGUUCCUAGCCGGCGACAGCAUCGUCGUCGACGACGAGAUCAUGACCAUAGACAACCUCAACGGCAACCUCCUCCAAGUCUCUCGAGCUCAAGCAGGCACUGCUGCUGCCCCUCACAAGCUCGCAGCAUCAGUCGCAUGGACCGCUCCCGUCGCCAAGACGUCCUCGCCAGUCUCUGCCGUGACUCCUCUGACCCGGCGCGACCAGCACCUGAGGUAUAUCGCACAGCAGGGCUCCAUCACCCUUCCCAGCUCGAUCCUGCAAGCCUCCAGCAGCUACCAAGACGUCUGGGCACAGCUCGACGAGGAGAUCAUCAUGAUCCGGCAGCCCGCCUCAGGCACCGUCCCCGCGGAUGAUCGCGGGCUGAGAGGAACGUCGGCGGCUGCCCACGUGACCAACACGCCCUACAACAUCCCCAGCGCGGUCUUCUCCUGGCAGCUCAACGUCAGGUCAAGUCUGCUGGGCUCGUCGGGCUUCUCAGCUCUGCCUGUGUACAGCAUGAACGCGGCUGGAGUGAUCGCAAUGUCAGGAGUCCACGUGCUGUCGGGAGGAGCCGGAGUGACAAGCAGGCCAUCCUUCCAGCUGAGCCUCAACAGGCUCAUUGACGGCGACGCCCAAGGACAGGCGGUCGGAGGAGCGACUUACUCCUACCGCCCUCUCGUCCAGCAGACUUACCUCGGGGUCGACCUGACGGACAAGUUCACCAAGAGACUCAUCAGGCCGACUGUGACCUACCCCGUGACGUACCAGCCUUGGAGGUUCCCAGCAGACCCUCUCUACUUCCAGGACAGGAUGGACGGGUAUGAUCCGAGCUCAGACAGCUCCCUGCUGUCUCCCAUCAACGGCUCCAACGCCAUCAACGCCAGCUCUCCGAUCCCUCACGAGCCAGGCUCGCCCGUGUUCGUGCUGGACUCCUUCGGUCAGAUGCUCGGCGAUCAGGCUGUACCCCAGCAGAGCCUGUCGGUGUCAGACGGCGGCGCGUACUCCUACUCCAUCACCAGCCGACCGUCCGUGCUGGACUCUACCUGGAGCAGCCCGGCCCUGCUCAUCGUGUCGACGUCGUCGGCUACUAAAGCCGACAUGUACCUCAACGACACCAUUGCGGGCUCCUACUCCAACGGUCAGAAGACCGCUCUGCUGUCUGCCAGCAGCAGGAUGUUCGCAUGGAAGACAGACCCGCGCAAGCUUGCUGUGCUCGUCGGGGCCUCGUCAGCAGCGUCCGCGCCGGCGAGCGCGAGCUCGUCGACGACUCCAGCAGGAGGUCAGAGCAUCGGAGCCAUCAUCGGAGGCGUCAUCGGGGGCGUUGUCGGAGCAGCUCUGCUCGGCCUGCUCGCCUACAAGCUCCUUGUGCCCAAGGCUGUCGGCAAGGCGGUAGACGAGGAGAUGGUGCCUGUCUACCUGCCUCAAGCCUAUCCUGCCCUUGACGUGCAGUACGCCGCUGCAGCCCCGAUGCCUGUUGGUACUCCAGCGUACGGCCAGCAGCCCAUGGCAUACGGAAUGUGA